UUUUUUUUUUCACGAUGGGCAAUCUGCUUCAGGCCAUGCGCGGCGACGGCCGGUCCACCAGCAUCGACGUCUUCCUGGACUUUGAGAAUGCUCGGCCAACCACUGCCGAGUCCGAAGUCUGGGCAAUGGUCGACGAGGUGCUUCAACAGGCGUCGCAGAUCCUUGGCCAGCUGAAGAACUAUGAAGGUUGCGGCGACCAGAUUCGAGCGGCCAUCUCUAAGCCUUCCCAAGAGUCAGAAGAGGCUGCCUGGGCAGCUGUUAUUCCGCAAGUCGAGAAGCUCAAGACCUUUUACGAGUAUUCCAGCGCACUAGCUGAUAACGUGCUCCCGAAGCUUCUUGAUGCGCUUUGCAAAGAAAAUCCUUUGCAAAACCUCGAGAGCAAGCAGGCGCUCGUCAAACAGCUCGCUGACGUGUUUGAUUUCGUCCUUAGCUUUGACGAUGCCAAGAUGAAAAACUCAAACAUCCAAAACGACUUUAGCUUCUAUCGCCGAAAUCUCAACAAGAUGAAGAUGAGCAACAGCAUUCACGCCGAAAACCUGGUAGUCCGAGACGAGCUCGCCAACCGCAUGUCACUGUUUUUUGCCACACCGACCCCCAUGCUCUUCUGCCUUGUGAACGCUGUCAGCAAGUUUGUGAAUGAUAACAAGAAGACCGUGCCCGUGGACAAUGUUACCGAAUGCUUGGCUACUAUUGCCAUCAUUUGCCAAACGAUGGUUGCCAACCCUGAUUUCGCCAGCCGAUUCCAGAAUGCUGAAACAUCCCUUUUCUGCUUGCGUGUGAUGGUCGGUGCCAUCAUUCUAUACGAUCACACUCACUCUGCAGGAGCCUUCCACAAGAAGUCUGUCAUUGAUGUCCGUGGCUCUGUUAAAAUCCUGAAGGAUCAACCAACCGCGUCCGUAGAAGGCCUUCUCAACGCGUUGCGAUUCACCACCAAGCACCUUGGUGAUGAAGACACUCCGAAACAAACAAAGGCUUUGUUGGCAUAAACUACCUUGUUGCGUUUCUCGGUGUUAUUGGUUGUGUGAGUCUUUUCGUCUUUUUCUUUUCCGUCUUUCUUUCGUGCCCUUUCAUGCCCUUUUUCCUUUGCUUUCCCCCCCCCCCUCCGGUUUCUUUGAAUCCAUUUCGUCUGGCCUACAGCUUGAUGCUGAGGGUCUUGUCUUUGUUUCUAUUGGGUGUACCUUUUCUUGUUUUUCUGUUUCUUUUCUGCGUCAGCUUCAUUCUCCCGUCCGCCCGCCCGCCCCUCCAAUCCCCUCUCACCGUCUGCAAGUAACGACAAACAGCACCCGUCAUCAUUUAUCCCUUCUUUUAUGUUUUACUUGUGUGUUGUGUUGUUGUGCUGCGGCAGCGAGAAUCAUAGUACAAAAUUAUAAUUCAAUGUCGAGCAAA